AUGGUUCAAGUUGAGCCAGCGAUUCUCGUUCCGGGACAAGAACAUCAGGUGCCUGGGAAACUUCUGGUCAAGGAACUACAAUUCCGGGUUCCCCUCGACCACAGCAACCCCGAGGGUGAGUCCAUCUGGCUCUUCUGUCGAAGCGCCAGGAGAUUCGAGAAGCCAGCCGCUCCGAAGGCAAGCGCCGCCGCCGACUACCAGCCAUGGUUUGUCUACAUCCCUGGGGGCCCUGGGUUUGGGUGUCCUCCUCCGGAAAACAUGCUGGAGCUCACUAACGAAGUGUUGGGACGUGGGUAUAAGUUGCUUUGCUUUGAUCAUCGUGGCAUGGGACUGUCCACCCCAGCCACUGCGGCUACCAUCACGGCCAGAGGAACGCCCACGAAGCAGGCCGAGUAUCUCAGCCAUUUCCGCGCAGACAAUGCAGUGCGAGACCUCGAGGCCAUCCGCAAGUGUUUGACCAGCGGGUAUCCCGACGACAAAAAGAAAUGGACCAUCAUGGGCACCAGCUACGGCGGGUUCGUCUGUCUCACCUACCUGAGCUUCUAUCCAGAAGGUCUCCGCGAAGUCUUUCCCGUCGCUGGCAUGGCGCCAAUUUUUGAAAGAGUCCCCGAUGAAGCGGUCAGGAACCUUUUCCUAAUGGUCAAGGACAGGAACCAGAAGUAUUAUGCAAAGUACCCGGAGGACGAGAACAGAGUCCGGAGGAUCCUGAAGCUGAUCCGUGAUACCAAGGUCCGACUACCAUCCGGUGACAUCCUGACCGUAGGACGGUUCCUGGAGAUGGGCCUCCAUUUCGGGUUUCAUGGUGGCCUAGACGAAGUCCACAAUGUUGUGUUUCGGGCUUCGCACGAUAUGGAAACGUUUGGAUAUCUCACCCGGCCGACCUUGUCGGACAUUGAAAGCAUGUCCUGGUACAAUGACCAACCGCUCUAUGGAGUUCUCCAUGGCUCGAUAUAUGCACAGAAUGCCGCGCCGAGGUGGGCAUUCGACAGGAUUCUGCAAGAGUUUCCGGAGUUCCAGGUCGACCUGGACGGAACAUAUGCUAGGGUUCUGUUCACUGGCGAAAUGGUGUUUCGGCGCGCGUUCCAGGAUUAUGGAGAGUUACGGCCCCUUGCCGCAGCGGCGGAACUGCUGGAAUCCAAGGACAACUGGGACGCCUUGUAUGACUUGGAGCAGCUGGAACACAACGAAGUCCCGGUAUACGCGGCCAUCUAUGUGGAAGACAUGUAUGUCGACUUCAACUUUUCACGCAGGGCGGCUAGUCUUGUCAAGGGCUGCAAGACGUUCAUCACUAACGUGCUUUACCACGAUGCUGUCCGGGCCAAAACAGCGGACGUCAUGAAAGCGCUCUUUGCUUUGCGGGACGACACUAUAGAUUAG